UUGAGCAGGAGCACCGCACUGAGUCACAUCUAUACACACACACACACACACACUCUAUACACACACGCGCGCACACACAUAUACACACACACAUACACACGCACACACACAAACACAGCCUCCUGCGGUAUCCCAUACGGCGCAGCGGCUUUUUCAACGGCAUACCAAGUGCGUCCUCGCCGUGGAAUGGGAGGUGCUGCUGCCGGGUCUCAGAGCGCUCGCAGCGGCGUGGUAGCUGAACAGAGUCCCGCUGAUCGGGGAAUGUUGCUGGGAGUCUGCUGCUAUUUCUUCUCCUGUGCAGGAAUCGCCUCGUUUGUGAACUAAUUACACCUCUACCGGGGAUUUAAAGUGGACAAACCGUUGGAUCAGGAUAUCACAGCAUUUAUUUAGAGGCAUUUCUCAUUUUUGGGGGGAGUAAAAGGAGUUGGGGAUUGCUCUGGACGUGCCUCUUACAUCCGCAGUGUCGAUGCGGCUGCGGCUGUGAAGUGAUAUCUGCAUAGAUUACAGGUACAUAAUGUCCUGUAUCUCAAGAGAGGCUUGAUCCUGCUUGGCUGAGAGUACCUGACUGCACCUCCUUCCUGCUCCUCGCCACGCCCCACCUCCACACAACUAUGGAGUCCUUCACCAGGACAUGGACCUGCCUCUUCCUCUGCUUCUUCCUGUACACUCUCGCACUUACCGUGACAUCACAAACUGUGGUGCGAGCUCCCCAGGCUCACAGCUCUGGCUCCCAGGUCAUCACAGCCUCCCUUCAGGAGGAAGAGUACACCUCAUUUCGUGCCGAGAACCCUGAAUGGACCUUCAACCACCUGGCGGUGGACUAUCGCAAUGGCAACAUCUAUCUUGGAGCUGUCAACCGCAUCUACAAGCUGUCCCCGAGCUUGGAAGUUCAGGUGUCCCAUGAGACUGGCCCAGAUGAGGACAACCGCAAGUGCUAUCCACCACGCAUCGUCCAGCCGUGCAGUGAGCCGCUGACACUCACCAACAAUGUCAACAAGAUGCUGUUGAUGGAUUAUCGGGAGAACCGGCUGCUGGCGUGUGGCAGCCUCUACCAGGGCAUCUGUAAACUCCUUCGCCUAGAUGACCUUUUCAAACUGGGAGAGCCCUUCCACAAGAAAGAGCACUAUCUCUCUGGUGUCAACGAGAGUGGUUCGGUGUUUGGUGUCAUUGUUUCAUAUGGCAAUGCCUCUCCGGACAUGCUGUUUGUAGCCACUGCGGUGGAUGGUAAGCCAGAGUAUUUCCCCACCAUCUCAAGCCGCAAGUUAGCCAGAAACUCAGAGGAGGAUGGCAUGUUUGCCUAUGUCUUCCAUGAUGAGUUUGUGGCCUCUAUGAUUAAGAUCCCAUCAGACACCUUCACUGUCAUUCCAGACUUUGAUAUAUAUUACAUUUAUGGCUUUGCCAGUGGGAACUUUGUCUACUUCCUGACUUUGCAACCUGAGAUGGGGGGAGGGCCGGCCACAGGAUCCUCCUCUGCAGGUCGGGAACAGGUUUACACCUCAAAGAUAGUCCGCCUGUGUAAGGCAGACACUGCCUUCAACUCCUAUGUGGAGGUGCCCAUCGGGUGCGUCAGUGGCAAUGUGGAGUACCGUCUGCUUCAGGCCGCCUAUCUGUCCAAAGCUGGUGCCAUCCUGGCCCGCUCACUGGACGUGGCUCCAGAUGAUGAUGUUCUGUUCGCUGUCUUCUCGAAAGGCCAGAAGAGACGGCCACGCCAGGCCUCCCAGGACUCUGCACUGUGCGUGUUUUCUCUGCGGAAGAUCAACGAGAAGAUCAAGGAGAGGCUGCAGUCCUGCUACAAGGGGGAGGGCACACUGGACUUGGCUUGGCUCAAAGUCAAAGAUAUUCCCUGCAGUAGUGCUCUCUUGACCAUCGAUGACGACUUCUGCGGCCUGGACAUGAAUGCGCCACUGGGUGUGUCCGAGAUGGUGCGUGGCAAGCCUCUCUUCUCUGAUGCCGCCGACAAGAUGACCUCGGUCAUCGCAUACGUCUACAAGAACCACUCGCUAGUCUUUGUGGGCACAAAGAGCGGACGAGUGAAGAAGAUCCGGGUGGACGGCUCCUCUCGGGCUCUUCAGUAUGAGACGGUGCAGGCUGUGGAGAACGGGCCCAUCCUCAGAGACAUGGCCUUCUCCUCCGAUCACCACUACCUCUACGUCAUGUCUGAGACCCAGCUGUCGAGGGUGCCAGUGGAGGCCUGUGGUCAAUACUCAACCUGCAGUGAAUGUCUUGGGUCAGGAGAUCCCCACUGUGGCUGGUGUGUCCUGCACAACAUGUGCACCAGAAAGGAGAAAUGCGAGCGCUCGCUGGAACCCCGGCGCUUUGCAUCAGACAUCAAGCAGUGUGUGCGCCUCAGUGUCCACCCAAACAACAUCUCUGUGUCCCAGUUUAGUGUUACGUUGGUGUUGGAGGCCCAUAACGUCCCAGAACUUUCAGCAGGGGUCAAUUGCACUUUUGAGGACCUGGCUGAGAUGGAUGGGCUGGUGGAGGGCAACCUCAUCAAGUGCUCCUCCCCUGCUGAGAAGGAGGUGCCGCGUAUCAUUGUUGACAAAGGUGACCACCAGAUUGUCCAGCUGUACCUGAAGUCCAAGGAGACGGGCCUGGCUUUUGCAAAUACCAGUUUUGUCUUCUACAACUGUAGCGUGCACAAGUCGUGUUUGUCAUGUGUUAGCAGUCCCUACCAGUGUCACUGGUGUAAAUACAGACAUGACUGUACACAUGACCCACGGACAUGCUCCUUCCAGGAGGGACGAGUCAAGAAGCCUGAGGAGUGUCCUCAGUUGCUGCCUACAGACAGAAUCCUGGUCCCGGUCAAUGUGGUGAAGCCCAUCACUCUGCGGGCCAAAAACCUGCCCCAGCCCCAGUCGGGCCAGAGAGGAUAUGAGUGUCUGCUGACCAUCCAGGGAGUUGAGCACCGAGUCCCUGCCCUGCGCUUCAACAGCUCCUCUGUCCAGUGCCAAAACACGUCGUAUUCCUAUGAUGGGAUGGAGAUGAGCAGUCUUCCUGUGGAGCUGACCGUUAUCUGGAAUGGUGAUUUCAGCAUUGACAACCCCGCCCACAACAAAGUCCACCUAUACAAGUGUGAUGCCCAACGUGGAAGCUGUGGUUUGUGUCUGAAGGCAGACCCGCUGUUUGGGUGUGUAUGGUGUAAAGGAGAGAACCGCUGCACCCUCAAGCAACACUGCCCCCACCCUGAGAGCCAGUGGCUGGAACACAACGGCAUCAACAGCAAGUGCACCCACCCACGCAUCACACAGAUCACCCCUCUGCGAGGUCCCAGAGAGGGAGGCACGCUGGUGACGAUCCGCGGUGAAAACCUGGGGCUGGAUUUCAGAGAAAUUCAGGGUAACGUGAAGGUGGCCGAAGUGGAAUGCACGCCCGUGCGUGAGGGAUACAUCCCAGCUGAACAGAUUGUGUGUGAGAUGGGUAAAGCGGAGAAGAGUCAGUAUACUGGGUAUGUGCAGGUCUGUGUUGGGUUCGGCGAGUGCAGACCAGAGUUCAUGGCAAAGUCCUCCAAGUACUACUACUUUGUGGUCCCAAGGCUAAUGCACCUCAAGCCCAGUCGAGGGCCAGUGUCCGGAGGAACCGUCGUCAACAUCACCGGGAGCCACCUGGAUGCAGGGAGCAACGUGUCAGUCAUGUUCAAGGACCAGCCGUGCACUUACCUGAGGAGAGGGGGCCAGUGGAUCACCUGCCGAUCCCAUGCUUCACUGCAUGGCUACGGAAAUGUUUCUGUGUCAGUGAGCGUGGACAGAGCCCACCUCCAGAAAGACCUGCGAUUUGAAUAUGUGGAAGAUCCCACCAUCACCAAGAUAGAGCCCGAAUGGAGCAUCUUCAGUGGACACACACCAGUGACAGUGACUGGAACUAACCUGGACAUCAUUCAAACCCCACUCAUCAGAGCCAAGUACAACAACCGCGAGACACUCAAUCUGUGCCAGGUGUUGAGCUCCACCUCCAUGCUGUGCCAGGCCCCAGAGCUGCCCAUCAGCCUGGCCCGGCAGCGAGAGGUGCCCGAGAGGCCUGAUGAGUUUGGCUUCAAACUGGACGACGUUCAGGCUCUGAUGGCUCUCAACAACACCAACUUUAUCUACUACCCUAACCCUGAGUUUGAGCCACUUAGUCCCUCUGGGGUGUUGGAGCUGAAGCCUGGCUCACCCAUUAUACUGAAGGGGCGGAACUUCCUUCCACCGACCAAUAGUGGAAACGGAAAGCUGAACUACACAGUUCUAAUUGGCGAGGAGCCCUGCAUGUUAACUGUGUCAGACACCCAGCUGCUGUGUGAGUCACCCAACCUGACGGGACGCCACAAGGUCCUGGCACGUGUGGGUGGCAUCGAGUUUUCCCCAGGCGUGGUCCACAUCGCGUCAGACAGCCCUCUGAGCAGCACAGCCAUCAUUGGCAUUGCAGCAGCCGGAGCCCUGCUCAUCCUCUUCAUUGUGGUGGUGCUCAUCGCCUACAAACGCAAGUCUCGUGAGAGUGAUUUGACCCUGAAGAGGCUGCAGAUGCAGAUGGAUAACCUGGAGUCACGUGUGGCGCUGGAGUGUAAAGAGGCCUUUGCGGAGCUCCAGACAGACAUCCAUGAGCUGACCAGUGACCUCGAUGGAGCAGGAAUCCCCUUCCUGGACUACAGGACGUACACCAUGAGGGUCCUCUUCCCUGGCAUCGAGGAACAUCCUGUGCUCAGAGAUCUAGAGGUGCCAGGCUACCGGCAGGAGCAGGUGGAGACAGGGCUGAAGCUCUUCGGCCAGCUCAUCAACAACAAGGUCUUCCUGCUGUCCUUCAUCCGCACACUGGAGGCCCAGCGGGGCUUCUCCAUGAGGGACCGCGGCAACGUGGCCUCGCUCAUUAUGACAGUGCUGCAGAGCAAGUUAGAGUAUGCCACUGACGUCCUGAAGCACCUGCUGUCUGAUCUCAUAGACCGCAACCUGGAGAGCAAGAAUCAUCCCAAGUUGCUGCUCCGCAGGACUGAGUCGGUUGCAGAGAAAAUGCUGACCAACUGGUUUACCUUUCUCCUCUACAAGUUCCUAAAGGAGUGUGCAGGCGAGCCUCUCUUCUCCCUCUUCUGUGCUAUCAAGCAGCAGAUGGAGAAAGGCCCCAUUGACUCCAUCACGGGAGAGGCACGCUACUCGCUCAGCGAGGACAAGCUCAUCCGCCAGCAGAUUGACUACAAGACGCUGGUAGUGAACUGCAUCCACCCAGAGAAUGAGAAGAGCCCAGAGAUCCAGGUCAAGGUGCUGAACUGCGACACCAUCAGCCAAGUGAAGGAGAAGAUCCUGGACGCCAUCUACAAAAAUGUCCCCCACUCUCACCGCCAGAAAGCCUCUGACAUGGACCUGGAAUGGCGUCAGGGCCGGGGGCAGCGCAUGAUCCUUCAGGACGAGGACGUCACCACUAAGAUCGAAAGUGACUGGAAGAGACUCAACAUGCUGGCCCAUUAUCAGGUACCUGAUAAUUCAGUGGUGGCCUUGGUCCCCAAGCAAGUGACCGCCUACAAUUCUGUCAAUAACUCCACUGUGUCUCGAACGUCUGCCAGUAAAUAUGAAAACAUGAUCAAGUACACUGGAAGUCCUGAUAGCCUGCGUUCCCGUACUCCUAUGAUUACCCCUGACCUCGAGAGCGGGGUCAAGGUUUGGCACCUGGUGAAGAACCACGAGCACGGAGACCAGAAGGAGGGCGACCGUGGCAGCAAGAUGGUCUCCGAGAUCUACCUGACACGACUGCUGGCCACCAAGGGUACAUUACAGAAAUUUGUGGACGACCUGUUUGAGACCAUCUUCAGCACAGCCCAUCGAGGCAGUGCCCUGCCACUGGCCAUCAAGUACAUGUUUGACUUCCUGGAUGAGCAGGCCGACAAACACAACAUCCACGACCCCCAUGUCCGGCACACAUGGAAGAGCAACUGCCUACCUCUACGUUUCUGGGUGAACGUGAUCAAGAACCCCCAGUUUGUGUUUGACAUCCAUAAGAGCAGCAUCACAGAUGCCUGUCUGUCCGUGGUGGCCCAGACCUUCAUGGACUCCUGCUCCACCUCAGAACACCGCCUGGGGAAGGACUCGCCCUCCAACAAGCUGCUUUAUGCCAAGGACAUCCCCAGCUACAAGAGCUGGGUGGAGAGGUACUACUCAGACAUCAGCAAGAUGCCGGCAAUCAGUGACCAGGAUAUGAAUGCCUAUCUGGCAGAACAGUCACGGAUGCAUAUGAACGAGUUCAACAGCAAGAGCUCUCUCAGUGAGAUCUACUCAUAUGUGGGCAAAUAUUCUGAGGAGAUUGUGUGUGCGCUGGAGCAGGAUGACGCAGCCAGGAAACAAAGGCUUGCCAUCAAGCUGGAGCAGGUGGUGGCCUUCAUGAGUCUGGAGAGCUGAGGACCGCACUUCCCAGGGCGCACUGGGAAGAGACCCUGUCAGAAACCGAGCCGUGCCUGAGCGAAGACCUGUCCCUAUCUUUCUCAUCAUGUGACUUCCUCCCUCCUCCUUCCUCCUUUCAAAGAUGAUGACUUCCUCCUUGACCUUUUUUCUGCUUCCUCUUCCCCAAUGAGCAUUUUGUUUUCCUCAUCCGCUCUGCUGCAUAGACUAGUUGAUCUGAGGGGUGGUUUGGGGCUGAGGGUUGUGUCUCCCACCAUGCAACGCAGGAGAGCCUUCAGCUUCACCACAGGGAACGCUCCGAGGGGUGGUUGCUUGAAAGCUGGCCAUAUUGGCACGCUUUAACUUCCCCCCUGUCGGAGGAAGAGAGAGGAAAAAAAGAUACAGUUUUAUGUUGCCUUCAAGAAUUUACACUGAUAGAUAAAGUCUUUGAAAACCACAAUGUUGGGUGUCCAUUUUGUUGAGAACUUUUUUCGAAAUAGGCUAGUUAAAACAAACACCAUCUCUAGAGUCCAGUUUAUUGUAGUGCUAUAUUCAAUAUACGGAAAUAAAAGGAAACAUCAAAAAUGAGGACUGCAAGCCAAAUGAACACAUCUGAAGAAAAUGAAUGCAAGGAUGGUUUGCCAAGUUUACACUGUACCCACAACUAAAGCAUACAUAUCUGCGAAAUUUGGGGAAAGUCCAGGCAGACCUAGAAUGUUCCCAUGUUCUUUCAAUGUAGCUGGAGUUGUAUUUAAGAUAAAGACUGAUGGGGGUAGGGAAGGGUUAGUGCUCCCUGGAACCUUUCCUUCACUGAAAUGUGACUGACACUUAAACUUUAUAAACCAGAGCCUCCCUUACCUACACCCCCCUUGCAACAUUCGCACAUUUUUCCUGCCCACCUUACAUAUAAUUCUACAAAAAUGCUCAUGAUUCCCGCUUCCAUCUGGCUUUAUGUGGCUACUGCAAAAUUAAACUAUUAGGCAAAUAAAACUGGAGGCCCCGACCCAAGUUGGAUCCUCUGUGAGAAGCACACAACCAACUCUGGAAGGCAGUGGUGUGACUGCAAAUCCUAACACCAGGAGCAGUCAUUCUCUGGCUCUAGCCUCUUCCAAUCUUGUGUCGUCACUGCGACGGUCUAUCAAAGCACACACACAUGCACAGAUACACACACAAUCAGCAGCUGCCCAAGACCCUGACUGUCCAGACAUCUACAUCAACCCCAGAAAAGGUACAGGGGAGAGCUGACUGAAAUGUACUGGGAAAGACAAAGCUUGUUCACUGAAACUAUGAGAGUUAUUCAAUACGGUGUAGCCAGAGACGGCUGUUUGCUACCAAGGGGGCUCUGUUGUGAAAGAAUAGCACUUCUUUCACAGGAUUUUCUUCUUUAAAAGACUUUUGUGUGGAGAACAAGAUGGACUUAGUUGGUCAGCCAAAAACCAAAGGAGCUUGAAAUUUUCAAAAUGGUCAAAAAUGUAUUUGAAAAGUGCCACUGAGGAACUGACAAAAGGGGACUUUGUAAAAAAAAAAAGAAAAAAAAAAACAACCACCCUUAUGAAGAAAAAAAAAAAAACAAAAAACAAAAUCC